AUGUCAACCCGCGUCCUCGAAUCGCGCUUUGAGCGCAUGUCAGUUAACGACGAGAACGAUCCCGGUGACGGAAACAAGUACAAUAUGAAGUCCAAGGUGCGCCCAACUCACUCGACUAUAUCAGCAUCAACUAAUACCCCUAAGGUGACAACAUCGACAACCACUUCCUCCCAAUUAUCCCAGAGUGCCAACCGAGCCAACUUUCUCAAAAUCGCCCUCCAGAAUCAAAACACCACCACCCCCACAAGCACGAUCGUCACGGUCCCUUCCCAGGCUGCGCAAUGGCGGGCCUCGAACAUGCAAAAUGGGACUCCACCCAGGAAAGGAGCAUCGGCACGAGGAUCUGACGAAGUGGCCAAGGUUGAGCGCAAGUCGAAUCCUAUGUACGAGCAGCCUGCGCCGCCCAAACAGUUCCACCUUGGCAUGUUCGAGAUUGGGCGACCGCUGGGAAAGGGGAAGUUUGGCCGUGUAUACCUUGCGAGGGAACGUAGCUCGGGCUUUGUGUGCGCUCUGAAGGUGCUUCACAAGAAUGAGAUACAGCAAGGCAGAGUCGAGAAACAGGUUCGGAGAGAAAUUGAAAUUCAGAGUAACCUUCGACAUCCCAACAUUCUCCAACUAUACGGGCACUUUCACGACAGUAAGCGGAUCUUCCUCAUUCUGGAGUUCGCUGGCAAGGGGGAGCUGUAUAAGCAUCUCCGCCGGGAAAACAGAUUUCCAGAGUGGAAAGCGGCCCAGUACAUUGCUCAAAUGGCAGCUGCCCUGAAGUUCCUCCACAAGAAACAUGUGAUUCACCGAGAUAUCAAGCCCGAGAACAUUUUGGUCGGUAUCCACGGAGAGAUCAAGAUUUCCGAUUUCGGCUGGAGUGUGCACGCACCGAAUAACAGGCGAAACACCAUGUGCGGAACUCUCGACUACCUUCCCCCGGAGAUGAUCAAGCCUGGAAGCCAGGAAAACUACUACACCGAGAAAGUCGAUCUCUGGAGUCUGGGUGUCCUGACAUAUGAGUUUUUGGUGGGAGAGGCUCCUUUCGAGGAUACGCCAGUGAAUACCCAGAGGAAGAUUGCUAGAGGGGAGAUGAAAGAACUACCAAAAUUCGUCAGUCCCGAGGCGACGGACCUGAUCAAGAGACUUCUCGUCUUGGACCCGGAGAAGCGAAUCCCCCUCGAUCAAGUCCAGAAGCACCCCUGGAUCAUUAAGCACUGUGUCAAGGGCGAGCGCGCCAGCGUACGGGACUCCAAGUCGACGGGCAGUAAAUCCUCCCUGGGUGAUCAUGACGACUAA